GCUCUGCGCAGGCGCGCGGCGCCCCGCCUCCCCAGCGUCGGCUCCCCGGCGGGCGGUGCGGGCCCUCCCACUCUACCCCGCGCUGUCUCACGGCCCCGGCCCUAGCUUCACCCCGACUACCCGGCGUGCGCGUCCUCCUGCCGGCCUGCAGGCCCGGGGCCUCCGCCUGCUUCCCCACAGCUGCUCCUUGCGGCCCCGCUCGCGUUCACGCUGUCGCCCGGGCCGGCGCGGCCGCGGGCAACCGCUCCCCCUCCCACACCUACCCCGCCCCCUCCCCGCCUUUUCCGCCCUCCGGUCCCCCUCCCUCGGCCCGCUGCUGCUGCUCCAGAUGAGGUGAUGGCAACGGCCAACUUCGGCAAGAUCCAGAUCGGGAUUUACGUGGAGAUCAAGCGCAGCGAUGGCCGAAUACAUCAAGCAAUGGUAACAUCUUUAAAUGAAGAUAAUGAAAGUGUAACUGUUGAAUGGAUAGAAAAUGGAGAUACAAAAGGCAAAGAGAUUGACCUGGAGAGCAUCUUUUCACUUAACCCUGACCUUGUUCCUGAUGAAGAAAUUGAACCCAGUCCAGAAACACCUCCACCUCCAGCAUCCUCAGCCAAAGUAAACAAAAUUGUAAAGAAUCGACGGACUGUAGCUUCUAUUAAGAAUGACCCUCCUCCAAGAGAUAAUAGAGUGGUUGGUUCAGCACGUGCACGGCCCAGUCAGUUUCCUGAACAGUCUUCCUCUGCACAACAGAAUGGUAGUGUUUCAGAUAUAUCUCCAGUUCAAGCUGCAAAAAAGGAAUUUGGACCCCCUUCACGUAGAAAAUCUAAUUGUGUGAAAGAAGUAGAAAAACUGCAAGAAAAACGAGAGAAAAGGAGAUUGCAACAGCAAGAACUUAGAGAAAAAAGAGCCCAGGACGUUGAUGCUACAAACCCAAAUUAUGAAAUUAUGUGUAUGAUCAGAGACUUUAGAGGAAGUUUGGAUUAUAGACCAUUAACAACAGCAGAUCCUAUUGAUGAACAUAGGAUAUGUGUGUGUGUAAGAAAACGACCACUCAAUAAAAAAGAAACUCAAAUGAAAGAUCUUGAUGUAAUCACAAUUCCUAGUAAAGAUGUUGUGAUGGUACAUGAACCAAAACAAAAAGUAGAUUUAACAAGGUACCUAGAAAACCAAACAUUUCGUUUUGAUUAUGCCUUUGAUGACUCAGCUCCUAAUGAAAUGGUUUACAGGUUUACUGCUAGACCAUUAGUGGAAACUAUAUUUGAAAGGGGAAUGGCUACAUGCUUUGCUUAUGGGCAGACUGGAAGUGGAAAAACUCAUACUAUGGGUGGUGACUUUUCAGGAAAGAACCAAGAUUGUUCUAAAGGAAUUUAUGCAUUAGCAGCUCGAGAUGUCUUUUUAAUGCUAAAGAAGCCAAACUAUAAGAAGCUAGAACUUCAAGUAUAUGCAACCUUCUUUGAAAUUUAUAGUGGAAAGGUGUUUGACUUGCUAAACAGGAAAACAAAAUUAAGAGUUCUAGAAGAUGGAAAACAGCAGGUUCAAGUGGUGGGAUUACAGGAACGGGAGGUCAAAUGUGUUGAAGAUGUACUGAAACUCAUUGACAUAGGCAACAGUUGCAGAACAUCCGGUCAAACAUCUGCAAAUGCACAUUCAUCUCGGAGCCAUGCAGUGUUUCAGAUUAUUCUUAGAAGGAAAGGAAAACUACAUGGCAAAUUUUCUCUCAUUGAUUUGGCUGGAAAUGAAAGAGGAGCUGAUACUUCCAGUGCGGACAGGCAAACUAGGCUUGAAGGUGCUGAAAUUAAUAAAAGCCUUUUAGCACUCAAGGAGUGCAUCAGAGCCUUAGGUAGAAAUAAACCUCAUACUCCUUUCCGUGCAAGUAAACUCACUCAGGUGUUAAGAGAUUCUUUCAUAGGUGAAAACUCUCGUACCUGCAUGAUUGCCACAAUCUCUCCAGGAAUGGCAUCCUGUGAAAAUACUCUUAAUACAUUAAGAUAUGCAAAUAGGGUCAAAGAAUUGACUGUAGAUCCAACUGCUGCUGGUGAUGUUCGUCCAAUAAUGCACCAUCCACCAAACCAGAUUGAUGACUUAGAGACACAGUGGGGUGUGGGGAGUUCCCCUCAGAGAGAUGAUCUAAAACUUCUUUGUGAACAAAAUGAAGAAGAAGUCUCUCCACAGUUGUUUACUUUCCACGAAGCUGUUUCACAAAUGGUAGAAAUGGAAGAACAAGUUGUAGAAGAUCACAGGGCAGUGUUCCAGGAAUCUAUUCGGUGGUUAGAAGAUGAAAAGGCCCUCUUAGAGAUGACUGAAGAAGUAGAUUAUGAUGUUGAUUCAUAUGCUACACAACUUGAAGCUAUUCUUGAGCAAAAAAUAGACAUUUUAACUGAACUGCGGGAUAAAGUGAAAUCUUUCCGUGCAGCUCUACAAGAGGAGGAACAAGCCAGCAAGCAAAUCAACCCGAAGAGACCCCGUGCCCUUUAAACCGGCAUUUGCUGCUAAAGGAUACCCAGAACCCUCACUACUGUAACAUACAACGGUUCAGCUGUAAGGGCCAUUUGAAAGUUUGGAAUUUUAAGUGUCUGUGGAAAAUGUUUUGUCCUUCACCUGAAUUACAUUUCAAUUUUGUGAAACACUCUUUUGUCUACAAAAUGCUUCUAGUCCAGGAGGCACAACCAAGAACUGGGAUUAAUGAAGCAUUUUGUUUCAUUUACACAAAUAGUGAUUUACUUUUGGAGAUCCUUGUCAGUUUUAUUUUCUAUUUGAUGAAGUAAGACUGUGGACUCAAUCCAGAGCCAGAUAGUAGGGGGAAGCCACAGCAUUUCCUUUUAACUCAGUUCAAUUUUUGUAGUGAGACUGAGCAGUUUUAAAUCCUUUGCGUGCAUGCAUACCUCAUCAGUGAUUGUACAUACCUUGCCCACUCCUAGAGACAGCUGUGCUCACCUUUUCCUGCUUUGUGCCUUGAUUAAGGCUACUGACCCUAAAUUUCUGAAGCACAGCCAAGAAAAAUUACAUUCCUUGUCAUUGUAAAUUACCUUUGUGUGUACAUUUUUACUGUAUUUGAGACAUUUUUUGUGUGUGACUAGUUAAUUUUGCAGGAUGUGCCAUAUCAUUGAACGGAACUAAAGUCUGUGACAGUGGAUAUAGCUGCUGGACCAUUCCAUCUUAUAUGUAAAGAAAUCUGGAAUUAUUAUUUUAAAACCAUAUAACAUGUGAUUAUAAUUUUUCUUAGCAUUUUCUUUGUAAAGAACUAAAAUAUAAACUAGUUGGUGUAUAAUAAAAAGUAAUGAAAUUCUGAGAAGAGUUUUAUCUUAGGAAAAUACAUAUAUAUGCAGUGUGUGUGCCAGUGUGGUAUUAACAAGACUAAUAGUGCAGUUUGAUCCUUACCAAUAUCAUUACUUAAUUUGAAGUGUUCAUUAGCACCCCAAAAUAUACCUUUUCUAUGUACUGUUAAAAGAAAUUGGCUUCUGAUGCAUGAACAUUUACAUGUACAUUGAAAGUAGUCCAUAAUAGAAGUUAGUUUAAGCCAAGUGUAGACAGUACAUUACUCCCUUGAAAAAGAAUUAAGUUGAAAGAGUUGACUUUGCCUUAAAAGGCAGAUCUAACCCAAGCUCCAUCCAGUACCAAAUGUGAAACUUCAUUGUUGUUUGGUGAGAAUCGCCAAAUUCUCACUAAUACAUUGGUAUGGUGUAGGGCAUGCUACUUUUUAAACAGUAGCACUUAUUUUUACAGAUUGCUACUCCAAGGAAGAAAACUGGCCACUUUUCAUGUAAAUAUUUUGUUCAAAGAUUUGUAUAUCUCUCUAGGAGUUUUCCCUCAGUUCCCAGGAUGGGGUCCAGGAGUAGAUUAACAGCUGAAAAUCUCCCAAGGAUAUCUUCUUUUGAUUUAUUUACUCCAGGGAACUAUCAGCUCCUUCACAGGAGCCAAAGGGGAGCUAUGAAUAGAGGGUCACAUGAGCCAGAUUCUUUACUGUUCAUAAAACCCAGAGAGUAGUUGUGAAAGAUCCUAAUACAAUUGUGAAAAGCUCUGUAAACAUGAAAUCUAAAACAAAUGUAGAUUUUCACAAUAUGCUUAUUAAUAAAUGAAGUCUAUGGAAUAA